AUGGGACCUACCUGUCUCCCUGUUCAGGGACCUCUGAGUCAGAAGAAGCAGAGAGAAGAGGAGAGGCCGGACCUCGCAGGUGCUUGUGUUUCAUCAGCAUCAGAUGAGCCGAAAAAGGUGCUCACUGAUGAAGCGUCCCGAAUUUUACAAGCGCAUCUUACCUGUAAUUUCACUGAUGAUCGGUGCCCUCAGUUUACACAGCGGGUAGAGGUUAUUCAGCUGUCCCACAGCGGCUUCCUCGGUCUCUUCCUUGGCCUCUAUAGAAAUGUACCCGUACAGUGGAAGGUCAGCUUCACAAAGGAGUUCUCAUUUGAAGAUAAAGAACAGCUCACUAACCACAAAAGAGGAAUUGACGCUAAGAUUUUAGUUGUACUUCCUAAAGACUUGACCGUUGUUGCUCACUCCGCCACUUGUGUAUCUCACAGAAAAGAAAGAAUUGCCAGGGGCCUGGAAGGGAUUGAAAAUUACACCCAGCCCAUCCUCUUGCAGAGCUGCACAGGGUUGGUGACUCACCGCCUGCUGGAGGAAGACACCCCUCAAUACAUGCGAGCCAGCGACCCUGCCAGCCCCCACAUCGGCUGAUCAAAUGAAGGGGAGGAAACUUCUGAUUCUCCUCUGGAAAAGCAAACUCCAUCCAAAUACUGCACAGAAACCUCUGGCGUCCACAGUGACUCACCCUAUGGUUCGGGUACCAUGGACACCCACAGUCUGGAGUCCAAAGCCGAAAGAAUCGCAAGGUACAAAGCAGAAAGAAGGCGACAGCUGGCAGAGAAAUACGGGCUGACUCUGUAUCCCAAGGCCGACCCUGAGUAUUUAUCCCGCUAUACCAAGUCCAGGAAGGAGCCUGAUGCUGUCGAGAAACGAGGAGGAAAAAGUGACAAACAGGAAGAGUCAAGCAGAGAAGUGAGUUCUCCGUACCCCAGGACCGAGAUGAUGGGGCUCAGGACCUGUGCAGGUGAAUCCAAGGACUAUACUCUCCAUGGGGGUGACGGUGCUUCCGACCCGGAGGUGCUGCUGAACGUAGAAAACCAAAGACGAGGUCAAGAGCUGAGUGCCACCCGGCAGGCCCAUGACCUGUCCCCAGCAGCAGAGAGUUCCUCGACCUUCUCUCUCCCUGGGCACAAUUCCUCCUUCACUGAAGUGUCACAGUCCCCAAAGCACGUGCACAGCUCCUCCCUGCAGCAGGCGGCCUCCCAGAGCCCCUCCUACGGUGACUCGCAGCUACCCUCUGAGGCCCGACCCAGUACAGGGAAACCCAAACAUGAGUGGUUUCUCCAGAAAGAUUCCGAAGGGGACACACCUUCACUUAUCACCUGGCCGUCCAGCAAAUCACGGGUGGAGAGGUUGGCCGAAGGACCUGGCUUGCCCACCGGUGUGGAACGGGAGAGAGGGUCCCGGAAACCAAGACGCUAUUUUUCUCCUGGUAAAAGUAGAAAAACUUCCAAGAGAUUUAGAACCCAACCUAUAACUUCAGCAGAACGAAAGGAAUCAGAUAGGUGCACUUCGCAUUCAGAAAUGCCAACUAUCGAUGAUGAAGAAAAGGUGGAUGAAUGAGCCAAGCUGAGCAUCACCCCCAAGAGAUUGCUUUUCAGGGAGAGAAACCAAUUGCCACGAAGCAUUUUGCCGCGUGGAGCUGCGCUGUUGGGGGCGAAGCGCUGGACGAACGUUCGCCUGAGGAGUUCAGUGCUGAUGCUGCUCUUUUCCUUCCCAGCGGCAGAGUUCGGGGAGCCCACUUCCGAGCAGACAGGGACAGCUGCUGGGAAAACUGUUGCUCAAACCGCAGCCUCGGUGUCCUGGAAGCCCCAGGAUUCUUCGGAACAGUCACAGGAGAAGCUCUGCAAGAAUCCAUGUGCGAUGUUUGCUGCUGGAGAGAUCAAAACGUCGACAGGGGAGGGCCUUCUUGACUCACCCAGCAAAACCAUGUCUAUUAAAGAAAGGUAAUGAGAUUCGUUGGCACUGUUGAAGAAAAGCGGGGAGGAAGAUUGGAGAAACAGACUCAGCAGGAGGCAGGAGGGCGGCAAGGCGCUUGCCAGCAGCCUGCACACCCAGGAAACAGGGUGGUCCCUCAUCAAGAAGCGGGUCACAGAGAGUCGAGAGAGCCAGAUAACUAUUGAGGAAAGGAAGCAGCUCAUCACUGUGAGAGAGGAGGCCUGGAAGACGAGAGGCAGAGGAGGCAACGACUCCACCCAGUUCACUGUGGCUGGCAGGAUGCUGAAGAAAGGUUUGGCGUCACCCACUGCCAUAACCCCAGUAGCCUCACCCAUUUGCAGUAAAACAAGAGGCACCACACCCAUUUCCAAACCCCUGGAAGAUAUCGAAGCCAGACCAGAUAUGCAGUUAGACCUGAAGUUGGACAGGCUGGAAACCUUUCUAAGAAGGCUGAAUAACAAAGUAGGUGGGAUGCAAGAAACGGUGCUCACCGUCACCGGCAAAUCUGUGGAGGAGGUGAUGAAGGCGGAUGAUGAUGAAACCUUUGCCAGAUCUUACCACAGCGUGGAUUAUAAUAUGCCCAGAAGUCCUGUGGAGCUGGACGAGGACUUCGAUGUCAUUUUCAAUCCUUAUGCACCCAAAUUGACGUCUUCCGUCGCCGAGCACAAGCGGGCAGAUAGACCCAAGCGCCAGGUUCAGGCCUCCAAAAACCCCCUGAAAAUGCUGGCGGCAAGAGAAGAUCUCCUUCAGGAAUACACCGAGCAGAGAUUAAACAUCGCCUUCAUGGAGUCAAAGCAGAUGAAAGUAGAAAAGAUAUCUUCCAACUCCAGCUUCUCAGAAGUCACCCUGGCGGGUUUAGCCAGUAAACAAAACUUCAGCAAUGUCAGCCUGCGGAGCGUCAACCUGACAGAACAGAACUCUAACAACAGCGCUGUGCCCUACAAGAGGCUGAUGCUGUUGCAGAUUAAAGGAAGAAGACACGUGCAGACCAGGCUUGUGGAACCUCGAGCUUCAGCGCUCAACAGUGGGGACUGCUUCCUCCUGCUCUCUCCCCACUGUUGCUUCCUGUGGGUAGGAGAGUUUGCAAACGUCAUGGAAAAGGCGACAGCCUCAGAACUUGCAGCUUUAAUUCAGACAAAGAGGAAGUUUGAUUGUAGAGCUACUUAUAUCUAAACCAUCGAAGAAGGAAUUAAUAUACACACUCAUGCAGCCAAAGACUUCUGGAAGCUUCUGGGUGGCCAAACCAGUUACCAGUCUGCUGGAGACCCAAAAGAAGAUGAACUCUAUGAAGCAGCCAUAAUAGAAACUAACUGCAUUUACCGUCUCAUGGAUGACAAAUUUGUUCCUGAUGACAACUACUGGGGGGAAAUUCCAAAAUGCUCCCUUCUGCAACCCAAAGAGGUACUGGUGUUUGAUUUUGGUAGUGAGGUUUACGUAUGGCAUGGGAAAGAAGUCACAUUAGCACAACGAAAAGUAGCAUUUCAGCUGGCAAAGCACUUAUGGAACGGAACCUUUGACUAUGAGAACUGUGACAUCAAUCCCCUGGAUCCUGGAGAAUGCAAUCCGCUUAUCCCCAGAAAAGGACAGGGGCGGCCCGACUGGGCGCUAUUUGGGAGACUUACUGAACACAAUGAAACAAUUUUGUUCAAAGAGAAGUUUCUGGAUUGGACAGAACUGAAGAGAGAGAAUGAGAAGAACCCCAGGGAACUUGCCCAGCACAAGGAAGACCUCAGGGCUGAUGUCAAGCCGUACGAUGUGACACGGAUGGUGUCCAUGCCCCAGACGACAGCAGGCACCAUCCUGGACGGGGUGAACGUCGGCCGUGGCUAUGGCCUGGUGGAAGGACAUGACAGGAGGCAGUUUGAGAUCACCAGCAUCUCCGUGGAUGUCUGGCACAUCCUAGAAUUCGACUAUAGCAGGCUCCCCAAACAGAGCAUUGGGCAGUUCCACGAGGGGGAUGCCUAUGUGGUCAAGUGGAAGUUCAUGGUGAGCACAGCAGAUCCUGGAAGUUUUAACUUCGCACCCCACCUGUUCAUCCUCUGCAGCUCCUCUGGGGAUUUUGCGGCCACGGAGUUUGUGUAUUUUGCCCAAGCCCCUUCUGUGGUCAGUUCCAUGCCCUUCCUGCAGGAAGAUCUGUGCAGUGUGCCCCAGUCGGCGCUUUUCCUUGUUGACAACCACCACGAGGUGUACCUCUGGCAAGGCUGGUGGCCCAUCGAGAACAAGAUCACUGGUUCUGCCCGCAUCUGCCCUGCCUCCGACCGGAAGAGCACGAUGGAGACCGUACUCCAGUACUGCAAAGGGAAAAAUCUCAAGAAACCACCCCCCAAGUCUUACCUUAUCCGUGCUAGUCUGGAACCCCUGACAUUCACCAAUAUAUUUCCCAACUGGGAGCACAGAGAGGACAUUGCCGAGAUCACAGAGAUGGACACAGAAGUUUCCAAUCAGAUCACCGUCGUGGAAGACGUCUUAGCCAAGCUCUGUAAAACCAUUUACCCGCUGGCCGACCUCUUGGCCAGGCCACUCCCGGAGGGGAUCGAUCCUCUGAAGCUUGAGAUCUAUCUCACUGAUGAAGACUUCGAAUUUACACUAGACAUGACAAGGGACGAAUACAAUGCCCUGCCCGCCUGGAAGCAGGUGAACCUGAAGAAAACAGGAGGCCUGUUCUGA